AUGAUGGUCUCGGAGACGACUUUAACAACGCGCGAACAACAACAACAAAGAAGAAGAGAGGACGACAACAACGCGAAGACAAUGAUCGCAGAUAAAGGAGGACCCGCGUCGACGACCUCGAACGCCUCCACCGACGAUAAAGGCGGCGGGUUGGGAGAUUCCAACAGCAGAUACAGAAGCGACGAGGAAGCUUUUCAAAACCCAACGACACGAGGAGAGGGAGAAGAAAAUGUAACGACGACGACGUUUACGAAGAAGAAGAGAAAGACGGACAAAGAGGAGGAGGAGGACAAAAGUGGAGAAGCAGACGAGAAAGACGAGGAGGAGGAAACAGAGGAGGAUGGUUUUAAGACAAAGACGAAGAACGACGUAAACGUAAACGAGAUUAAAGGUGGAAAAGAGGAGACGCGAGAGGAAGCUGUCUCUUCGAUGUACAUUAAAUACGAGAGUUUAUUCGACGCGGAGAAAAUUUUCAGCGGAUCGUCGAAUAGGCAGAAAUCAGUCGCGGUGUCGCAUUACAUCAACGAUAGUUUAGAUCGGUUGGUGUACGGGUAUAAACACAAGUCGAACGUUCCUUUACACGUGUCGUUCGGGCAGCCGAUCGAGAGGAUAGCGGUCGGGUGCGGGUUGGAAGAGGACGAUUGGGAGGAGUUGGAAGGAGUUGGGCUGAAAGAACGGACGAAAGUUAAGGAGGAGAUGGAAAAGAGGUUUAGGAACUCUUCACCUUCUAAGGAAGAGGCGGAUUUCGGAGAGGGUGUCGCGGAGGAGGAUGAAAAGGAGGAUGAAGAGGACGAGGACGCGCGAGAUCAGCAACGAAUGAUGAUGCACACGAACGCGGACGAGUUGUUGGAUCACAGCGGAGGUGCCAUGGAGGAAGAAGGAGAGGACGACGAAGAUCAAGAAGAGGAAAACGACGAUCGCAACGGGGACGAUUCGGGCGGCGAGUUUGAAGACGACGACGGCGAAGAGGGCGAAGGAAAUCACGGUUACGAGUUCAACGACAACAACAAUCUUUUCUAUAACAACGGGCCUUUGCCUUCGUUUGGCAAAGAUUUGAACCACGCCGCCAUGUAUGCGAAUCCAACCAAACGAAAACGACAGCAACGCCAACACGAGAACGACAUUAACAACAACAAGCAAAAGAUGAACAAGAACAGCAGCAUGAUUGACGCCCACCAGUUUGAUAUUGCCGUAGAGGCGGGUACUAACAACGGAAGCGGCGAUUGGACCGACGAUCUUUCCCUCUGGGCGGCGCUCGAUCACUUAGACACGAACAAUAACAACAACAACGAAAUCAUCACCCCGCAACAACAUCAGCAGCACCACCAGCGUCGCUUGAGUGGCUUGGGUGUCGGCGUCUCCCCGCCAAACAAGAACAAAAGCUACGCGCAGCAAGCGAACAACGCGCACGAUAUUGCCACCGCGGUGUCCAACUUGCCGGCGACGACUCAAGCGAACGCCGUUGGCGCUCCAACUUCGGGUACGACGAUUAUUCAUCAUCAUCACCAUUAUCCUUCGAAUGGUUCGAAUAAGAACAGUAUUACCGGUGACAAAGAACAAGGAUCGUCGUCCUCCAUCGAAGCGGUGUUGAAAAGAUUAGAGCAGUUGGAGAAGAAGUUUGUAUCCCAUUCGUCAAAGGCGAACCCACGAGAAGAAAAAGAAGAAGAAGAGGGAGAAGAAAACGUGGCAAACACGACGAGAAAGAUGUUAUUUGCUACGAACGAAAAAGCGGCAAACGAUGACAACGUUGUCAACGCGAAGAGUAAGGACGAGAACACCAACGAAAGCGGUAAGAAUAGCGGAGGAGGCGAGAUGUCGCUCUUAGAACGACGCGUUUCGGAUUUAGAACGAUUGCUCAGAGCGUCCGAGUUGGAAAACUCGACGUUGAAGAGAGCUUUACAUUUCUCUUCGCAACCGACGAACAAGGAUAGCGACGAGAAAGAACAAAAUAACAACAAGAGUUCGGCGAAGAAGAAGAUUGGUGCGACUUUGUCGCAUUCAAACGCCGCGGCGGGUGACACUAAAAAGACGACUUCAGAGGAUGUGAACAACAACUGUUACGACGAUUCGCACGGCCUGUCCAACGGAAAGUCGGAUAAAACGAACGAAGAGACGUUGCAAACGCUCAGCGAGAAAGAAGAUAAAGACGACAAGUCGGAACGAAACGACGGCGGAAGAGGUGGCCUGAUGACGGAAGAUAAGCGACACCCUUCUGAAAAUAUUCGCGAGAACGCGGCGAAUGUGGACGGCGUUUCGCCCGACUCAAGCUUUUACGUGGAAACGAACAAGCAGCAAGAGAAGACCACGAAUACGAAUCGCGAAGAAGGGGAAGAAAACCAACUCGGUGCUGCCAAGCGAAGUCUCGAUCGAGAGUUGAUGUAA